GUCUCUUUUACCUUGCCUCCUUAGUUCCUUGAGCUAGAAGCUUCCCCAUCGUGAUUCGUGAGUGUGCACUUUGGUUGCGGUUUAGAUAUGCCACCUCGUUCUGCGCCCAAGCCGUCCAAGAAACGGAGUAACCCUGAUUCAGUUACCUCUUCAGCCACUGGUCCCGUUCCCUCAGCUUCUAAUAAGAAAAAGUCGUCCAAAGAGGUGGAUGGAACAGAUAAAUUGUUUGAUAAGUAUGCUAAUGCAUCUUCUGGUGUCAUUGAUCCAGAAGGAAUUGAGAAACUUUGCUCCAGUUUGGAAGUUCCUCAUACCGAUAUCAGGAUCUUGAUGCUAGCUUGGAGAAUGAAGGCUGAAAGACAAGGUUACUUCACCAAGGCUGAAUGGAGAAUAGCACUCGAGGCGUUAAAAGUUGACACGAUCGGAAAAUUGAAGAAAGCCCUUCCAGAACUCGAGAAAGAGGUCAGAGAGCCAUUGAAAUUUGCAGAUUUCUAUGCUUAUGCCUUCCAGUAUUGUUUGACAGAAGAAAAACAAAAGUUCUUAGACAUUAAGACUAUAUGUCAACUCCUAGAUAUGGUCUUAGGAUCAACAUUCCGUGCCCAGGUUGACUACUUUAUAGACUACCUAAAGAUCCAGAAGGAUUACAAAGUCAUCAACAUGGACCAAUGGAGGGGAUUCUAUCGAUUCUGCAAUGAGAUAAGUUUCCCAGACAUGACCAACUACAAUCUAGAACUUGCUUGGCCAUCAAUUCUUGACGACUUUUUUGAGUGGUUGCGCGAAAAACAAGCCUGAAAGUUACACAAUCACAGUCUAAUAACUUUGAAUUUGAGUAUUGUUACCCACCCUUGAUGAACAGAUAAUGGUUGCCAUAUAUAUGAGUUUCUUUAUUCAAAU